GGGGUCGGGCCCGAGGGGGCCGGGCGCGGGGGCCCGCGGGCGGCAUGAUGGAGGAGGAGGAGCUGGAGUUCGUGGAGGAGCUGGAAGCCGUGCUGCAGCUCACGCCCGAGGUGCAGCUGGCCAUCGAGCAGGUAUUUCCAAGCCAGGAUCCUCUAGAUCGAGCAGAUUUCAAUGCUGUGGAGUACAUCAAUACCCUCUUCCCAACAGAGCAAUCUCUGGCAAACAUAGAUGAAGUUGUGAACAAAAUUAGACUAAAAAUAAGGAGACUGGAUGACAAUAUUCGGACAGUUGUAAGAGGUCAAACAAAUGUGGGGCAGGAUGGCAGGCAAGCUCUUGAAGAGGCCCAGAAAGCUAUUCAGCAGCUCUUUGGCAAAAUCAAAGACAUCAAAGACAAAGCAGAAAAAUCAGAGCAAAUGGUCAAAGAAAUCACCCGCGAUAUCAAGCAGUUAGAUCACGCCAAACGCCACCUGACCACCUCCAUCACUACGCUGAACCACCUGCACAUGCUGGCCGGCGGUGUCGACUCCCUUGAAGCCAUGACCAGGAGAAGGCAGUAUGGAGAAGUUGCCAAUCUUCUUGAGGGCGUAAUGAACGUCCUGGAGCAUUUCCAUAAGUACAUGGGGAUCCCACAGAUCCGGCAGCUUUCAGAAAGAGUGAAGGUUGCCCAGACUGAGUUAGGACAACAGAUCCUGGCUGAUUUUGAAGAAGCAUUUCCUUCCCAGGGGACCAAGAGGCCAGGAGGACCCAGCAAUGUCCUGCGAGAUGCAUGCCUGGUUGCGAAUAUUCUGGACCCCCGAAUCAAACAGGAGAUCAUCAAAAAGUUCAUAAAACAGCAUCUUUCGGAGUAUUUAGUACUUUUUCAAGAAAAUCAAGAUGUUGCCUGGCUGGACAAAAUAGACAGACGCUAUGCUUGGAUCAAACGCCAGCUUGUGGACUAUGAGGAGAAAUAUGGCCGAAUGUUCCCAUGUGAGUGGUACAUGACCGAGAGGAUUGCAGUAGAAUUUUGCCAUGUCACAAGGACAGAACUUGCCAAGAUUAUGCGUACUAGAGCUAAGGAAAUUGAAGUGAAAUUGCUUCUUUUUGCUAUUCAGAGAACAACAAACUUUGAGGGAUUUCUUGCAAAAAGCUUUUCCGGCUGCACCCUGACAGAUGGAACACUGAAGAAACUCGAUUCUCCAGCCCCGCCCAAUCCCUUCCUGGACGAGGAGCCAGCCCCAGAGAUGGAGGAGAUGGUGGACAAAGGCGACUCUGACCAACCGAAGAAGCCUAAGGCACCAGACAAUCCGUUUCAUGGCAUCGUUUCCAAGUGCUUUGAGCCGCAUCUCUACGUGUAUAUUGAAUCCCAGGACAAGAAUCUUGGGGAACUGAUCGAUCGGUUUGUGACUGACUUUAAAGCUCAGGGGCCACCGAAGCCCAACACGGAGGAAGGGGGUGCGGUGCUGCCCAGCUGCGCUGACCUCUUCGUCUACUACAAGAAGUGCAUGGUGCAGUGCUCGCAGCUCAGCACAGGGGAGCCCAUGAUCGCCCUGACCACCAUUUUCCAGAAGUACCUCCGAGAAUACGCCUGGAAAAUUCUCUCUGGCAGUCUGCCCAAAACCACGAGCAGCGGUGGUGGGCUGACCAUCAGCAGCCUCCUGAAGGAGAAGGAGGGCUCGGAGGUGGCCAAGUUCACGCUGGAGGAGCUGUGCCUCAUCUGCAGCAUCCUGAGCACAGCCGAGUACUGUCUGGCCACCACCCAGCAGCUUGAAGAGAAACUUAAAGAAAAAGUGGACGUUAGUCUGACUGAACAGAUCAAUCUGACCGGAGAAAUGGACACGUUCAGCACUGUCAUCUCCAGCAGCAUUCAGCUGUUGGUUCAGGACCUGGAUGCUGCCUGCGACCCUGCACUGACGGCCAUGAGCAAGAUGCAGUGGCAGAACGUGGAGCACGUCGGUGACCAGAGCCCCUAUGUCACCUCCGUCAUUCUUCACAUUAAGCAGAAUGUCCCCAUCAUCCGUGACAACCUGGCCUCUACACGGAAAUACUUCACUCAGUUCUGCAUUAAGUUUGCAAACUCCUUCAUUCCCAAGUUCAUCACCCACCUCUUCAAGUGCAAGCCAAUCAGCAUGGUGGGAGCAGAACAGCUGCUGCUGGACACCCAUUCCUUGAAGGUGGUCCUACUCGACCUCCCCUCCAUUGGCUCGCAGGUGGUGAGGAAAGCCCCCGCCAGCUACACGAAGAUUGUGGUGAAAGGCAUGACCCGGGCGGAGAUGAUCCUCAAGGUGGUGAUGGCCCCACAUGAGCCCCUGGAGUUAUUCGUGGACAACUAUAUCAAACUCCUUAUGGACUAUAACACAGAGACCUUCCAGAAGAUUCUGGAUAUGAAGGGCCUGAAGCGCAGUGAGCAGAGCAGCAUGCUGGAGCUCUUCCGCCAGCGGCUCCCGGCGCCGCCCUCCGGGCCCGACGGCUCCGGCUCACUAUCCCUGCUGACCCCCACGCCUGAGCAGGAGUCGUCGCGCAUCCGCAAACUCGAGAAGCUGAUCAAAAAGAGACUGUAGGGAGGGACCUGGGACGCCCCCCCCCCCCACACACCCCCAGCUA